GACCAAUGAAAUUUAGAAACUGUAAACGUAGUUCAUUAUGGAUUAUACCAUAAUGUUAGACCGGUAUCCAGCUCUGUAUCCAGCUAGUAGUUUCUGAACUACACUGUGUUAUCGAGGCAAUGCUUAGCAUUUUGCAUUACAUUGCUUAUUAUUUGCUCGACUCGCACAAUGUCGGAUGGUGAAGAUGACUUUAUGUGCGAAGAAGAAGAAGACUAUGGACUGGAAUACUCCGAAGAUUCAAAUUCAGAACCAGAUGUAGAUUUAGAAAAUCAAUACUAUAAUAGUAAAGCAUUGAAGGAAGAUGAUCCAAAAGCAGCAUUACAGAGUUUUCAGAAAGUUUUGGAUUUGGAAGGAGGUGAUAAAGGAGAGUGGGGAUUCAAAGCUCUUAAACAAAUGAUCAAAAUCAAUUUCAAACUGUCAAAUUAUAAAGAAAUGAUGACAAGGUAUAAACAGUUGUUAACAUACAUCAAAAGCGCUGUCACAAGGAAUCACUCUGAAAAGUCCAUUAAUUCUAUCCUGGAUUAUAUCAGCACAUCAAAAAAUAUGGAACUUUUACAAGAUUUUUAUGAGACUACUUUGGAUGCUUUAAAAGACGCAAAAAACGACAGGUUGUGGUUCAAGACAAACACAAAACUUGGAAAAUUGUAUUUUGAUCGAUCUGAUUUUAACAAAUUGGCAAAAAUACUGAAGCAGCUUCAUCAAAGUUGUCAGACCGACGAUGGUGAGGAUGACUUGAAGAAAGGCACUCAAUUGUUGGAAAUCUAUGCACUCGAAAUUCAGAUGUAUACCGCUCAAAAAAAUAACAAAAAACUGAAAACACUCUAUGAACAAAGCCUUCACAUUAAGAGUGCCAUUCCUCACCCUCUUAUUAUGGGAGUUAUUAGAGAGUGUGGAGGCAAGAUGCACUUAAGGGAAGGGGAAUUUGAGAGAGCGCACACUGACUUUUUUGAAGCCUUUAAAAAUUAUGAUGAAUCUGGGUCGCCAAGACGUACCACAUGUUUAAAAUACCUAGUGCUGGCAAACAUGUUAAUGAAGUCUGGUAUAAAUCCAUUUGACUCUCAAGAGGCAAAACCAUACAAGAACGAUCCAGAAAUCCUAGCAAUGACAAAUUUAGUGGUUAGCUAUCAAAAUAAUGAUAUUAACCAGUUCGAAUCAAUUUUGAAGCAAAAUAGAAACAACAUAAUGGAUGAUCCAUUCAUCAGAGAACACAUCGAGGACCUUUUACGUAAUAUACGAACUCAGGUCCUGAUUAAGCUAAUAAAGCCGUAUACGAGAAUUCACAUCCCGUUCAUAAGUAAAGAAUUGAACAUCGACGCCUCCGAAGUCGAAAGCCUUUUGGUGUCUUGUAUUUUAGACAGUACCAUUCGUGGACGUAUAGAUCAGGUUAACCAAGUGCUCGAAUUAGAUAAAAAGUCGCUUUGUGCCGCGCGUUACAAUGCACUAGACAAAUGGACAAGUCAGCUGCAAUGCUUACACGUAGCAGUGGUGAACAAAAUGUUAUAAAUAAUAAGAAUCAGGAGGUUAUAAAUAAAACUUGAUUAACAUUAA